AUUGGCUUUCGAUCAAUUUGCCAACCAAAACAUGUCAGCUUCCUGUAAGUGCCCAGCACGGACUGGUGCCGUUUAGUGGGUGCAGGAAUAAUGUUGGGCACUAGUUUACGCGAGGUGAGUUUAGAGAAACAGUUUACUUUGUUACGAGAGGCACUUGUCAUUGCUUCAAUGUUAGCACAGUAAUGUUAUUCUAUUGUCCUUAUGCUAUACUGUCUCAAAGUGCUCUGGCAUAGAUCGUAAACCAGGAAUUACAUUCUGUGAUGGUCUGUUCAAUAUAUUGAUUGCAUGCAAAAUUGUUGUAAAUAAAGACUUGAAAUGUUUGAAUUAAGGGUUAGUUGUACAUUUUAUGUAAUCCAUUGGUUAGGGCUGAUUAUGUGUAUUAUAAUACCUCUGUGCAUUAGGUGGGACUGUUAUAUAUAUUUAACCCACUUAAAAGGAACACUCCAAGCACCAUAACUACUACUGCACAUAGUGCUUAUGGUAAUCUGGUGCCCCUUUCUCCAAUGUAAGUAGUCAAAGCAUUUUAGGAUUGUUUGACUGUUUACUUGGGUACCACUGCACGCCUCUCCUCCUCCUGAUUGCCAGGAGCUCUUGCAGGAGCUAGGACUGUUCUCAGUCAAAAACCUGCACCUCCUUUUGGCUCUUUAAGAGGGGGGGACCGCAGGUUAAAAAUGUAACCUUUCUAAAACAGUUUGACUAAUUUACAUUUGAACCGCAAAAGAAUACAGUAUUGGUUAUGGUGCUUAGAGUGUUCCACUAAUACAUUUGAUGGAUUAAAAUGGUAAUUUGAUCUUAAAACUACUUCAUUGAAGGAACUCUCCAUACCCACAUAGCAGUUCAUUGUCAUUUAGUGAAAGUGCCCAAUUAAAGAGAGAGAGCACUCUUCUUCCACAGAACAAUGCUGAAGGCAAUAGUUUUUUUUUUGUUUUUUUUUAUAGAGAAGCACUACAUUGCAAGUAUUGCUUGCAAAGUGUUGAGCAGUGUUUAAUUUUUUUCGACUAUCAAUUUUAGUCGACUAAAACUAGACUAAAACUUAAAUAAUUUAGAUGACUAAAAUACUACUAAAAUGGAUUUUUAGUCAAAAGACUAAAAACUAAAUUGAAAUUUGCAGCCAAAAUUAACACUGCACAAAGGGGAUGUCGAAGGGGCAAAAGAGACAGAUCAGGGCUUGGAGAGAGACACCUAGAUGGGCUGGAGAAGUGGCAAAAGUGACACAUCGGGGCUUUAAAGGACCACUCUAGGCACCCAGACCACUUCAGCUUAAUGAAGUGGUCUGGGUGCCAGGUCCAGCUAGGGUUAACCCAUUUUUUAAUAAACAUAGCAGUUUCAGAGAAACUGCUAUGUUUAUGAAUGGGUUAAGCCUUCCCCCUAAUCCUCUAGUGGCUGUCUCAUUGACAGCCACUAGAGGCGCUUGCGUGCUUCUCACUGUGAUUUUCACAGUGAGAGCACGCCAGCGUCCAUAGGAAAGCAUUGUAAAUGCUUUCCUAUGCGACCGGCUGAAUGCGCGCGCAGCUCUUGUCGCACGUGCGCAUUCAGCCGACGGGGCGGAACAAAGGAGGAGAGAAGGAGGAGAGCUCCCUGCCCAGCGCUGGAAAAAGGUGAGUUUAAACCCCUUUCCCCUUUCCAGAGCCGGGCGGGAGGGGGACACUGAGGGUGGGGGCACCCUCAGGGCACAAUAGUGCCAGGAAAACGAGUAUGUUUUCUUGGCACUAUAGUGGUCCUUUAACUAAACUCAUUAGAUUUUAGUUGUCUCGACUAAAAUCUACUGGAGAUUUAGGCGACUAAAACAAUUCAGAUAACUAAAACGAAAAUGGCUUUUUAGUCAAAAGACUAUGACUAAAACUAAAUAGAAGGUUUCCGCCAAAAUUACCACUACUGUGGGGAUUGCUGCACGUUUCCCACUAUCCCAAUGACUUUCUUUGAGAAGAAUUCUGUUGAUUAGGAGAGCUUUAGUAAAGCGUCACAGGAACACUCGGGACACCAAUACAACUUUAAUGCAUUUGAUAGGGUUUGGCUUUAAUGAAAAUGCUGUAUUUUUUGCAUGCUCAAAUCUUUUUAGUUUUUGCACAGAAUUUUUUUUUAAAUGUUUUGAAGAAUGCUACACCAUAAGCCUGCCUCCAUAGCCACGCCCAUUCAUGUCAGAAAGACUUUCCAUCAAAGGUGUGCACACAGUCUCAGCCCCAACAGUACUGUAUGAACUGUUUUUAAAGGGAUUCUACAUUGUUAGGAAUAUAAAUUUGUAUUCCUAACACUAUAGAGCCCUCUAGUUCAUAAAGGGUUAAAAAAAAACUUUAGUCACUUACCUGAUUUCAACACCAAUGUUCCUCAGCCUCCUCCAACGUCAUCCGACAGGAGGGGCUAAUGCACAUGCGCCACAAGUGCAUCAGGCUCUCCACAUAGGAAAGCAUUGUUUCCGUGACUUUCUAUUGGCAUUUUACUGAUGGUAGAUGUCCUCAUGCAUAUCGUGAGGAUUUUCAGCGUCCGUUAGCCUACCAAAGUCCAUCUGAUUGACAGCCACUAGAGGUAGUGUUAGACGUGCAAUGUAGACUUGAGCAUUCAAAAAUACAGCAUAUUAACGAUGCCAAAAUGUAUCAGGAAAAGGGGAUCUGAGUAAUCUAUGCAUUUAUAUAGAACACUGGAGUGUUCCUUUAAAGCAAACCAGUACACAGUCAGUGAGUAAAACCUGCAUAUCAUUAAGUGCUUAUCUCCAUUGCUGUGCUAUUAUUCACAGCCAAGCAGGUAAAUAUUAGAGCCACGCAAUUAACACUUGGGUAAGCAUAAACAAAAUAAAAAAAAUUUAUGCUACAAAAACUAAUUGUAGAUUGAUGCAUUCUUUUUACUUUCAUGCUCCAUUUGUGUUAUAGCUCUUGUUUUUUCGGGGGGGUGGAGGGGAUCACGAAUCUGUCCUAAUACAUUAAAAGGAUGUGCAUGCAUGCGACCUUUUUUUCCCCUUCUAAUUUAUAAAAUGUGUUGCAAAUGCACUUCUUUUCCCUCCUUUCAUUUGCCGGCCUCGAGCCCAUUUGCUCCCAGUUGCCAAUUGGUCCAAUCACAGGCUUCUCUAUGAGUUUAGCUGGAGCCAAUCAAUGACUCCCCUUUCACAAAACUGGCUUGGAAAAGGUACGUUUCUUUCCAAGACAGUUUUAUGAAUGGGGAGUCAAUUCAGUUGAGAUUGGCACUGGAGGCAACUUGCACUACUUGAAAGUGAAAUUUCAGAAGCCAGAUGCCGCGCAUGUGAAGCUGAAAUAGCCGCUAGAGACAAUUUUGGGGUUAAACCGUUUAAGAACGGUUUAUCCCCUUAAGGUAAGAGUGCCCCUGGGAACCUCCUGGCACCAUAACAGCUUAAUUUAGAUGAAGUUGUUAUGGUUCCUAAACUGUUCUGCAAGUUCAAGGUGGAGUCUCCAUGGAUCAGAUUUGUUGUUCUAGCACAUUGCACAAAUGCUCAAUCGGAUUGAGAUCUGACGAAUUUGAAGGCCAAGGCAACACCUUGAACUCUUUGUCAUGUUCCUCAAACCACCCCUAGACAAUUUUUGCAUUGUGGCAAGGUGAAUUAUCCUGCUGAGAGAAGCCACUGCCAUCAGGGAACAUCAUUACUAUGAAGGGUCUGCAACAGUCUAUAAGUAGGUGGUAUGUUUUAAAGUAACUUCCACAUGAAUGCCAGGACCCAAGGAUUUCCAGCAGAGCAUUGCACAGAGCAUAACAUUCCCUUUGCUUGCCUGCCUUCUUCCCAUAGUGCAUUGUGCUGCUGUCUCUUCACCAGGUAAACAACUCACACACUCCCAGCCAUUCACCCGAUCUAAAAGAUUCAUCAGACCAUGCAAACUUCUUUCAUUGCUCCAUGGUCCAGUUCUGAUGCUCUCGUCCCCAUUAAAGGCAGUGGACAGAGGUCAUCAUGGGCACUCUGACCACUUUCUCUAUGCAAUCCCAUAUGCAGCACACUGCGUUGCACUGUGUGCUCUGACACCUUUCUAUCAUGGCCUGCAUUAAACUUUUCAGCAAUUUAAAUUACAGUACCUUGCCUUCCUUUGGAUAAACAGCAUAAAAGAAUGGGUUUCAAGGUUGAACUCAAUGGACUUUAGUCUUUUUGCAACCUAGACUACUGUGUAAUGUGUUCCUUGGCUGUGACAGACCUGAACUUUAUUUUGAUCUUUUAAUAUAUAUUUAAACAAAAAAGAACAUUAUAUAAAAAUGUUAACAUAAGUUAUAGAUGAUUUUUAAAUUAUGUGAUUUCCAGAGACGUGAUAGUUCCUUUUUAUCACCUUAUGUAACAUAGCAUUAACCUAUGCUGGUAUGAAAUCUUUAUUUGCAAUGUAUCUUUUGCAGGCAGCAGCAGCAUUACGUCUUGGACAAGUGAGCGCUACGGAACUGUGCCAGAAGUGCCUUUCAUUUAUCAAAGAAUCAUCAUUUCUUAACGCAUACAUCACUGUAACUGAAGAGGUUGCUUUGAAGCAAGCAGCAGAAGCAGACAAAAGAUUUAGCCAGGGUUUGUUAUCUUUAUAUUGGUUUGGGUUUUUGUUUUGUUAUGGUACCAGGACUCCCCUAAUCUUGCCUGCAGGUAAAAGUUUAACUUUUUAAACAGUUUGACAAUUACCUGGGUCCGGUGGUUGUUGGACGUAUGGCCCUUCUUCAAAUAUUGUUAAGUUCGUACUUAUCCAUUAGAUAUGUUAGUUUCAUCUUAUUUGGAUGCAAUCCUUUGACUGAGAGCCUCAGCUGAACUUAGGAAUUUUGCAUGCUCAGUAGUGAAAAUGUACACUUUGUCAUUCUCUCAAACACCUUAAAGGGAUACUCAAGCUACCCAGACAAUUACAUUGAGUAGGGUGCAGUGGCCGUGUCAUUUUAACCAUGCAAUGUAAAACAUUGCAAUUUUUGGGGGGUUUAUUUUUCAGGGUUACAGCCACUAGAGGUGCUUCCACUGUACUCAGUCAUAUGAUGCAGAAGUCAUAGGAAAGCACUGAAUGCAUGCACAUCAGGUCCCCAAUGCUUAUCUACAAUGAUCAUUGAAUUGGAUCACCCCAGAGGAUGACGCCAUGGGAGGUUGACAAGUGAACAAGAAAACCUCAGCUCUGGAAAGACAUUUUUAUGGCAAUGAGGAGGAAUUUGUAUAUAUCUUUAAGUGAAAAUUAUGAUAUAGUUUAAGUUAAUCUGAAAUGUACAGUGACAAGGAUAUUGUAAAUUGUAGGCAAUAGUGUAAAUGUUCAUCUACUUUUGGUCUGAAAUGGUCAAUUAUUAUUUUAAAGUAAAAAAGAUAAUGGAUACCACACUCUCCAGGCUUCCAGGGUGCUCAGAACCUGAGGAUGGCCAGGUCUCACUUCCAGAUAUAGGAAAUCAGUAUUGAUCAAGGCACUCAAGGAUAAAAGCCAAAAUAGCAGCUUUAUUUAGAGCAAAACAAGAGCAAGCUCACAAAGACCCUACUGGAUUGAAACAUUGACAAAGACCCUGCUGGAUUGAAACAAUGACAAAGACCCUGCUGGAUUGAAACAUUGACAAAGACCCUGCUGGGUCAAAACGUUGCUGUUGUUUUCCUCUAAAUAAAGCCGCUAUUUUGGCUUUUAUCCUUGAGUGCCUGAAUUAUUUUAUAAGCACAUUUAACAUCUUGUAAAACGGGAAAUAAAUGAAAAAUUGGUGUGAACAGAAACUUGGUGAAAAGAGUUCUUCUUCUUAAAUUAGCUUAUAGUUACGAUGAAUACCUGAUUUUCCAUGCAAGGGCUUACAUGUCUGUUUGAUAUGCACUGCUAUAAUUGCCAUUUAUUUUAGGUAUCUUGUAUAUUGAUCUAUUGUCUCUUCCAACUACAGGCCAGCCCCUGGGUUUGUUAGAUGGAAUUCCUUUUGCAAUUAAAGACAAUUUUAGCACCUGUGGUAUAGAGACAACAUGUGCAUCAAGAAUGUUAAAAGGUAAAGAUAUGCAAUGUGUUAUUGUACAUAACUAAUUCUACUCCAGCCAUGUUGUUUGUUUAGAAUCAGUAUUGUAUUGUAUUGUAUGUAUGUGUGUGUGUGUAUAUACAUAUACAUUUCUCACAUGUUUUUGCCAACAAAUUCGGUUUUCUGCCCUGUCAAUUCUAUACAACAUUGUGUUGUCUGGACAACUUAGAGGGUUUUCAGAUCUAUGUAAUUGGAGUAUACGUGACUUCAAUUUUUGCUCAGUUUUAAUCUCUGAUUUUCAGCUGAAUUAAGGGAUAACUCCUCAAUUGUUUGUAGAAAAUUUCUGUUUUGUUUACUGAGAUUUUCCACUUAUAUUGAACAGAAAAACAGAGUCUUAGCAGCCAAUGUAGCAUGUGAAAGUCAAAUCCUGUUUUAGACUCAGUGGUGUUGCUAGGGACAAAAAAAAUAUUUGGUGAACUCCCUCCUCAAACCCCACUAUCACUGGCUCCACCACUUAAAGGGACACCAUAGUCACCCAGACCACUUCAGCUCAUUGAAGUGGUCUGUGUGCAGUGUUCCUGUCCCUCUUAGUCUAACAAUGUAAACCAUUGCAAUUUUUGAGAAACUGCAAUGAUUACCUUGCAGGGCUAAGACUUCCUCUAGUGGCUGUCAAUCAGACAGCCACUAGAGGCACUUCCUGGAUGCUAUCAGACUUUGAUUCCCCUAAAUAACGCAUAUGGCCAUGGUCAGUGAAAUCCCUAUAGGUCAGAUGAUGUUGCCGAAGACGUAACUCCAACACAGCGCCGAAGGCACAGGCAGGUAUACCGAGACACACACAAACACAGCCCUACACCGGCACAGAUAAAUACACACAGAUAGGUACACAGAGACACAGGCAUACACCGGCACAGAUAGACACAUACAUAGAUAGGCACACAGAGACACAGUCCACUUUUAUUUUCUCCUCCCAAAGUUCUCUCCCCUGGUAUCCCCCUCCAUCAAACAUAUCUCCCCUCUGGUAUGCCCCUUCAAUCCAAAAUUGUCUCUCUGUUAUCUCCUUCAAUACCUCUUCACACUCCACCUCUCUCAUUUCAAUGUGUUCCUCUGAUGCUGCUUGUGCGAUGACUAGAUGCACAUCAAGGUCUUGCAAGGCUUUGUGUGUGGAGUGGACUGAGACAGCAUGAUGUAAGAUUCUAUCCCUGCUUCACACAGCACUGGCUGGCCAUGCUACAAAGUAAGCAAUGUGUCCAUUCAGGAAAAGCAUCAGUUGUCAGCACCAUGAAGCUAAGUUACGCUGUACCUGUGGAGGAGAUCUACUGAUCUCCAUAGUCUGCCCAAUAUUGCAGCUGGCCCCCAACUCCUCUUGGUCUUUUUGUCUGUACUGUGCUCUCCCUGCCAGUGAGAGCACUAAAGAAUAGACAAAAAGAUUCAGGGCUAUAGGAUCCCACAUUCUGGGCUGGAGCACACAGCCACCAGCAAGAGAUACCCUUGGUUGAACCUAUAUUAAAGAGACACUACAGUCACCAGAACAACUACAGUUCAACAUAGUGGUUCUGGUGUGUCUUGCCUGUCUCUGCAGGCUUUUUAAUGUAAACAAAAAAAGGCAGUGUUUACAUUGCUGCCUAGAGACACAUACAGUGGCAGUCACUCAGACGGCCACUAGAGGUGCUUCUAGGGACAAUGCUGCACAGUUAAAGCAUCAUUGAAUCAUCAUUGGUGCAGUGCAGCUUUUUGCCGUGCAUGUGCAAUAGCCUCUCAAUGCUUUUCUAUGGGAAAGCAUUGGAUUGGCUGAGAUCAUCAGAUUUGUUGAUCUCAGCCAAGGAGGCAGAGUAGGAGACACACGCGACACUGGAAAAGGGGUGAGUAAAGGGGGCCGAAGACCUAAAUGACCUUUUCAUACCUAUUGUGUCAGGAAUACAUGUUUGUAUACCUGGCAUUAAAGUGUCCCUUUAUGAUAAAUAAAUAUGUUUGUGUUUUUUUCUGAUUUGUUUUGUUGCUGCCCAUGUUCCUAAAAGCAAGAGAAAGCUUUGUUUCAGCAUAAAUAAACACACAGUGAAUGGAGUUGUUUAUUUCUUGUUUUCAUUACAGCUUAAUUUGAUCCAUGUUGUCAUUUUGUGGUUUAUUAGCAAAUUCCAUAUUUCAUCAUUAUUUGUAGAUAGGAUUAUUUGCAUGUAAUGUUUCCUGCACUUUAUUUCACUAGGGUCAACUGUUAUUUAGGAUACAACUAGCAAGGGCAUCAAAAACUGGGUCAUUCCAGUUAAGCAUCUUUGGUAUGGUUUGAAACAGUAUCGUUUGUUGAGCUAUCCAGCACUUGUGAGGGGAUAUGAUAACAUUAUACAAAUAUAUUCGGGGCCAGUACAAACCUUUAUCUGGAAAUCUAUUCAUAAACAGGGCUAUACAUAGGACACAAGGUCACACAUUUAGGCUGGAAGAAAGGAGAUUUCAUCUAAGGCAAAGAAAAGGUUUUUUUACAGUAAGAGCAAUAAGAAUAUGGAAUUCUCUGCUUGAAGAGGUGGUUUUGUCAGAGACUAUACAGAUGUUUAAACAGCAAUUGGAUAAAUACUUGCAAAAACAUAACAUAUAGGGAUAUAAUUUCUAAUUAGUGGGGUAAUAGCUGCUUGAUCCAAGGAAAUAUCUGACUGCUAUUUUGGGGUCAAGAAGGAAUUUUUUCCUAGUUUGUGGCAAAAUUGGAAACGCUUCAGACUGGGUUUUUUGCCUUUUGGAUCAACAGCAAAAACAUACGUGAGGAAAGCUGAACUAGAUGGACGCAAGUCUCUUUUCAGGUAUGUAACUAUAUCUGGAUCAUGAACACACACUAGAUCUUGAUUCCAUGCAGUGGUGUAUCCUGGUUUUGUGCUGCCCUAGGCACAUACACAGACAAACAGUCAGACACAAACACGCACACACACACAGUCAGACACACACACACACACAGACAGACACAAACACACACACACACACACACACACACAGUCAGACACACACAGUCAGACACACACAGUCAGACACACACAGUCAGACACACACAGUCAGACACACACAGACACACACACACACACACAGUCAGACACAUACACAGACACAAACACAGUCAGACACAAACACACACACACACACGUCAGACAUACACAGACACAAACACACACACACACUCACAAACACACACACAGUCAGACACAAACACACACACACACACACAAACACACACACAUUAACUUUUUUAAAUUUAAAUCCCCCCCCAACCUCCUUACCUUUGGGAGUGCUGCGGGGGGGUCUCUCUCCCUGGUGGUCCAGUGGCUGCAGGGCGGGCGGCGCUGGCAGGCAGGCGGCCGGCGAGGGAGCACUUCCCCUGAGCUGACUGCUCAGCUCCCUCGCGCGCCGGCUGCAGAGUGACGCUGGGAGCCGGAAUAUGACGCCAUCUUCCGGCUCCCAGCCUCACUUUGCGGUGCGCGAGGGAGCUGAACAGUCAGCUCAUGGGAAGUGCUCCCUCGCCGGCCGCCUGCCUGCCAGCGCCGCCCGCCCGCUCGGGAUGUCAGUUAGCCGCGAGGCUAACUAGGCAUUUGCCCUGGGCAUUUGGGGGGCGGCUUUUUUUGCCACCCCCUGAAAAAUGCCGCCCAAGGCAAAUGCCUUGUUUGCCUUGCGGCUAAUACGCCCCUGAUUCCAUGCAUGGUUUUGGUCAGAUAGACCAUUCUCCUGACCAAAGAGAACAGUACUCCAGAGCAAGAGCAAACUAGGAGCUGCAAUGAAAAGAGAUAUUUACUUACAAGUAUUCAUUACAAAAUAUACACGCAGAAGCUAUAGUUUAUUUUAUAUAAUAAUACAAAAUUAUGACAUUUUUAUUUUAGAGUGGUAGGCAGAAGUUGACAUUGAUGGCAAGAAAGCAUUUAACCCCUUAAGGACACAUGACAUGUGUGACAUGUCAUGAUUUCCUUUUAUUCCAGAAGUUUGGUCAUUAAGGGGUUAAACAAAAUGUUCCUUUUCCUGUUAUAUAUAGUAGUUAUUGCUACAGUUUGGAAGCCAACAUUAUUUCAUACAUACUAAUAUAUAAAAUACAUUUAUAAAUUUAGCAAAGAACAUUUUAAUGACCUCUCUUAUUUUUAUUUUUUUCUUCAAGGCUAUAUUCCUCCUUACAAUGCUACAGUGGUUCAGAAACUUUUUGAUCAAGGAGCUGUGCUCAUGGGAAAAACAAAUCUUGACGAGUUUGCUAUGGGGUAAGUAAUCAGUACAUCUUCAUUGUCUUUAGUUAUGAAGGAUUGUCCCUCUCUGAGAAUCAAUUUUGAGUCCUUUUCUCUAUUUUUUUUCCUUAUUCUUGUGUCCCUGUUGUGUAUAAGCUUAGAAUUUUUAGUGUGAGUGUGUAAUAGAGAUGCAUGACCGAAAUCGUUACAGUAAGAUGCUUUUCAAAUUUAGCAAAUGUGAUUAAAAAUGUUUUACUGGGGGGUGGGACCUAGCCACCAAGCAAGCAAGACGCAGACUGAAGGAGCUCUUUAGUUUCCUCACGUUUAACUUCUGGAAUAAAAGGGAAUCAUGACAUGUCACACAUGUCAUGUGUCCUUAAGGGGUUAAAGCUAAAAAAACGUGAGCAAUACUUCCAGGCUCCUAUUUUGCAGACCGUAUCUGGGCUAACUCUGGACCGGACUGUUUUCUCAGAAGAAGCUAUGUAGUGAUGGUCCUGGCGUUUGCGGCCUAUAGCUCAAUCUGGAGUGGGAGACGCGGCCGAUUUCCUGCCGUAACUGUUAUCCCUCGGUGGUACGGGUCCCGAUUUUCUCCUCACUUUGGAUCGGUGGGGGUCAAAUCGGUCUCCGCUGGUCUCAGAGCCGGUCGUGUGGUGGAUCGCUCAGCACACUCUGGCUGUUGAGGAAUGGCGGACACACCAGAACCUGUUACCCAGGGCUUACAGCAACACCAAGCUGACUUCUCCGACCUACACGAUCGAAUUAUGGACAAAAUCGAGGCUGCAUUCACUAACUUCUGGGCUACUCUGGCGGAACAUAUGCAGCUAAAACCUGAGGACAACUCCUCACCUGGAGGUGAGUUGAGGCACGGCAGGGAGAGAAUUUGGAAGUCUCUCAAGGGCACAUCAAAGUUUAAAGUCUCUGUCCCUCAAGUCCUUUUACCUUCCCGGGCUCAGAGCUAAAGGAGUCCUGACCCCAACAUACCAGCCACGCAGGCUGAAAGCUAUACAACACAAGCAACCGAACAAACCACUCGCACAGCUCACCGCAUUAACCCGGACGGCAGGAACCUGGACUUUGCAAGUAACCAGGUUCGUGGCUGGAAGGUACUGGCUCUUCCACAGACCUGGGGCUGGAGGGACUUCCCGCUUAGGUAUUACCGUGAUUCCUCCCUUAGUGGACUAUGCUUCUACAGGAGACACAAUCUCUGUGGGGGUAUUGGUUUACUGGCUGCUCUAUGGGCCUGCUCAGCAUUAAAAAACCUCCAUCCUUCCUGGGGUGAAUGGGCUUCCUAUAUCUAACUGAGCUGCUGUAGGCUCCAGAUCAAGUGGCUAAAACGCAACACAAGUUUCAAUGUUCAUCUAUAUUCAUGUGUUUGGUUUUGUUUGCUUUUCUUAAUUUUCCUUUUAUCUUCCUCCUCAUAGCAUGUUUUUCCAAAUAUGGCAGUACAUACAUUGAUUUUAGCAAUUGAAAUACAGUCAAUGCAUAUACUUGUUGUUUAAUUAGUACUUGUAUAGCUAUUGUUCUUUCUUAUUACUCCAAAAUGAGAUGUCGUCAGUCCAUAUAACCUGAUUUAAAUGCUAUCUUGCCAUACCUACUUACUUGAUGUAAUACUAAUAAUAUCUUUUGACUGUUUAUACAAUGCUUGUUAUAGCUGUCGUGGCAUAUCAAGCUUGUUUGUUAACACUUGCACAAUAAAAAUAAAGAAUUAAAAAAAAAAAAAAUGUUUUCCUGUAUUUAGAUACUUAAUUCUUGCUAUAAGGUACAUUCUCACUUAAUUUGUUGUCAAUAAGGUGUGAAGUCAUCAAAAAUGCUCUGUGAUAAUCCUUUCCAUUUUUACACCAUUCACAAACCUUAUAACAAAGGUGUCCCUUCUUAGCAAUUUAAAAUGGUGGAAUGUGUGAUGAUAUGUAUACAUAUUUUAGAUACAUUAUGUUGGAUGGAACCAUAAAGAAACUGACUAUUGUGAGAGCAGAACAAAUUUGACGGUGUAUACCCAGAACAAAAAGGUAGCCUGCAUUUCAAUGACCUACAGCAUAAAAUGGGUCUAAGAUUGAGGGAGAAUUAUUUCCUUCACACUGAAUAGUGCAAAACAUUUUUCAGUAUGCAACCAGCCCCCUAAUGUUAACAACUUUUAGAUGUUCUUAUGUGGAGAUACCACCAUAAUGUGAUAACAUACGUCUCUCAAGUAUGUUAUUAGUAAUUGUGAUACGAAUAAUGCAUUUGAAAGAAAAUUUGUCAAUGUAACACCCACCAUUAAUUUGUCCUAUCUUACACACUCUAAGAUUGUCCCUUUUUGGGAGCACAUCUCCAAUCAGGGCUGUCCUCCCCCAUAAUGCUGAUACAGUGGCUUCAUUGCCUGUGUAUUGGUUUCAGAACAGAAUAUCUUUCACUCAGUUCCUGUACUCCCCUAGCAAGGGCAAACAGUGACGAACCUGCUAAAAGAAUAUCACAGCAACUAGAGCAAUGCCGUGUAUUUGCUGUGACAGCUAAAACAACUGCCUGCAGGACAUCUGUGUUAACUGAGUUCCAAGAUUGACUGACAGAAACACUUUAACCCCUUAAGGACACAUGACAUGUGUGACAUGUCAUGAUUCCCUUUUAUUCCAGAAGUUUGGUCCUUAAGGGGUUAAAUAUACUUUUUGGUAGCAUCCAUAAUUCCAAUCAAUAUGCUAUGGAUUUACUAUGGUUAGCAGAUAAAUGAAUAGCAAACUGUGAUAUACAUCCUGUGUUCUACCAUAGAGUUGGUUAGAGAGAACAUUUUAUUUUAUAAGCAAGACAUGGUAAAAAUUACAUUUUGUGCUAUAGAUAUAAAUGUCAGUAGCAAAUUGACUAUUCAGAUAUAUAUAUUUUUUUAUUUAUAAAUUUUUUUUCAAAAAAAUGUUGUGCAGGUAGGUACAUAUCAACGUCAACCACAACAGCGUACAUAGAUAUAGACAGGCUAGACAGUGGCAUGAGUAAUUGCACAUUUUUCAUUUAUAAACAAGCUUAAUGUAUCUGAUGAGACUCUGCUGUGUAAUUUAGUCUGGGUAUGGAGCAAGAGUGUGUUACAAAGGAGUAGCAUGUGUUAAACAGGCUGGGUACAAGAUAUUUGAUUGUAACUUGCUUGGCUGCCCUUUAGUAUAGGCAAGAGUACAACACAGUAUAAUGUCUGUUGGAGUUUUAGCAUGGUGUGUAUAUACAUAGAGGGGGGCCUGCGUCUGGGAUCCAUAGAAUCGGGCUAUAUGAUACAUCAAGUCCCUCCCUGCCGGGAGACUGUGUGGAGCCUGGGGUGGUCCGCCUCGUGGCGCGGGUGCCGUGGCUUUGCUGUCGUGGGCUGUGAGGUCUGCUUUCGUGCUUCCAUCUUGCGCCAAAAUCGCUCAAACACUUUGUCAAGGCGUUGCAGCAUGCCUCCUACAAAGCCUGAUAUGUUAGUCACUGGUCUGUGCAGUUCGCGCCCCUGUUCAGGGAGCUCGUCUGCUAUCUUAAGUGAGUCGGCCGGGUUCGCCACGUGGUAUUUGUCAAGCAACUGGGUGCAGUGUGUAGAUAUGGAGCUAGCCAGGGGGGACCGGGAUAACCCCCACCAAUUCAUGGGGGGAAUAGCACAAAUCGAGUAUCUCACCACCAGUCAAAGCAGUAGGAGAGCAGCUGCCUCUCCUCUGCACGGUCACAGGUAGGGCACAAAGCCUCGUGUAGGGGUUUCCAGUGGCAGAGGGUCCCACGAAAGGGAUCCCCAGCACCACCGGCAUUACAGUCACAAUCGUAGUCAUGCUUUGCGUCCAGGUAAGUUGUUUGCUCGAAAAUAAUGUUAGAUUUAGGGUGCCAUACGUAGGAGCUCAGGCAACAUACGUCUGCACUGCUCUGAAGCCAGACUACGCUCUAUUCAGAUAUAUUUUUUAAGCAUCUGUACAGGUGAGGAAGGGCACUCACAUGUAUGUGAGCAAUACCAUGCUCCCUAAAAUCUCACUAUGUUAUCAGCUUGAUUCUCAUUAGAGAAGAAUGUCCAAUGAUAACUAUUAUAGUUGUUAAUUGUUUAUAGACAAAUGUACAUAUACAUAAAAGGCCAAUACACCAGCUGUGUCAUUAAUAGAUUUAAUAUUUUUAUUCCAUUUUAUGUUUUAUUUUGUUUUUUUUGUAUUGUUCAUUUUAGAUGCUUUUUCAGAGAUGUUACCCAUUUAAAAGCAGAUCCCACUUGAGUAAUAUUAUUCAUUCUGACUCAAAUUUCUGUAUGGUAAUAAUUUAUAGUUUAUACAUCGUAACAUAGCAUUCUAUUUAGUUCUUCAUUAAGUAGUAUUGUCUUAUUUAUUGUGUCUGGAUGGAAGAACAAGCAAUUGAUGUGUUAAUCUAUGAAUAAGUAAUACCUUGGCCCGUAGUGCAGUGACCACAGUUGAUCACUGCUCAGCGUUCUUUUGUGGGAAUUUUAAUGAGGCUUUGCUCAUAUCAGGUCUCAUAGCUUCUUGGAACCUUAGACCAGAGAACUUAACCAAGCUUAUCUUGUUCCAUGUGAAAUAACACAGCAAGAGGAGACAUGUCAAUAUUUUAUAAGAAAAAUACUUAGUAUGCAGGAGUACAUCCUGGACAAAUCCAGCUGAGCUUUACGAUCGUACACAGCAGUAGUUUAAAUCGGUUUGCAAAAGCUGGCAUUUUCAUACCUUGCUGGCGUUAAGGGGACAAAAUGAGAUUUAGAUCAACAAAUGUCAUGGGGUAGAUGUGCUUCACCAAGGUCAUGGUAUCUGGCCAAAAAAGUGCCCACCAUCUCUUCCACAGGCUUCCAUUACUUUGUACAGCAGUUUCACCUAUGCCUUUAUAUCCCUGCUAAUAGGGUGUUUGGGAUAUGUUUGGCACUUUCAUGAAAAAUCAUAGGAGCCUCAGAUUUUGCUGAAAGAUUUCUGUUUUUAUACAAAGAAAGCUUACAAAGAGGUGGCAAAUCAUGGUAAAGCUUGUUACCGGCUUUGUCAAAUUGGUAUGAAGCUGUUUUUCUAAAUAUGUUUAUUGCUAAAUUAUCCUAUGCCAACAUUUAAAGCAAACCUUUCAUGACAGGUUCACUUAAGUCCUUGUAAUCAUUAGUCAAAGCGUAUAUCAUUGAGCAUAAUGAUCAAUAAUAUGUUAUUUUAUUGCCCAUAUAGAUAUUUACAUAGUUAAGUAGGCUGAACAGAGACAUGUGUCCAUCAAGUUCUACCUUCCUCACAUCUGUUUUUGCUGUUUUGCAAAAGAAGGCCAAAAGCCCAGCUUGAAGCACUGACAAAUUUGCAAUAAACUAGGAAAAAAAUCCUUCUCGACUCCAGAAUGGCAGUCAGAUAUAUCAUUGGUUUAAGACACUAUUACCCUACAACUGAAAAAUUAUGAAUAUUAUGUUUUUGCAAGUAUGCAUCCAGGUGCUGUUUAAACAUCUGUCCAGUCUCUGAUAAAACCACUUCUUCAGGCAGAGAAAUCCAUAUCCUUAUUUUUCUUAUAGUAAAAAAAAAACUUUUCUUUGCCUUAGACCAUGGGUCCUCAAACUCCGCCCCCCCCCCAGAUGUGCCUGAACUACAACUCCCAUGAUUCUUUGGCUAUCUAUGUAAUUCAAAGAAUCAUGGGAGUUGUAGUUCAGCAACAUCUGGGGGGCCAGAGUUUGAGGAUCCAUGCCUUAGACUAAGUCUCCUAUCUUCCAGUCUAAACGCAUGACUUUGUGUCCUAUGCAGGGCCGGACUGGGAGAAAAAUUCGUCCCGGGCAUUUUUUUAACACAGCGGCCCACUAAGAAGGGGGCGGGGCAGAGGAGGUGUGUUUUGUCAUCACCAAUGACAAACACGCCUCCUCUCAAAGUGAGCAUGUUGGUUCAAUGCUCUUCCAGGGCAGACCAUGUGCAGAGCUCCGCUGAAGAGCUCUAGCAUGAGAAAAAAGCUCUGUUUUUGUUCUGCACAGUGCAAGCAAAUUUAAUAACAUGCUUGCACUGUGUUUCCUUGCAACUUGUCUAUGGUGUCUCUAUAAAUGGAUACCAGGAGACAAAAGGUCCAGGAAAGAGUAUUGUGCAUGUGUUUGGAGCCUGCUUGUGGUAUUGCGUGUGUGUAGAGUGAGCUGAUUGUGGUGUGGUAUUGUGUAAUAAGGUUGGUUUUAGUCAUGUUGUGUUUGUGGUGUAAAGUGGUGUAAUGUGAUGCAUAUGUGGCUAUGGGCUGUAGAGAAUGUGUGUAUUGGGGAUAUAGCAAGUGUGUGCAUAGAGGCUAUAGUGUGUGUAUAUAUAGGUGAUGUAGUGUGUGUUUAGGGGUGUGUUUGCUUACAAGGAAUCUAGUGUGUGUAUAGGGGAUCCAGAGUGUGUGUGUGUGUGUGUGUGUGUGUGUGUGUAUAUAUAUAUAUGUAUAUAUAUAUAUAUAUAUAUAUAUAUAUAUAUAUAUAUAUAUAUAUAUAUAUAUAUUAUUUUUUGGGGGGGGAGUGCUGUGUGUGAUGGGUGUGAGAGAGUGCUGUGUGUGAUGGGUGUGAGAGAGUGCUGUGUGUGAUGGGUGAGAGAGUGCUGUGUGUGUGAGAGUGCUGUGUGUGAUGGGUGUGAGAGUGCUGUGUGUGAUGGAUGUGAGAGUGCCGUAUAAAUGUUAGAAUGGAUUGUGUGUGUGUUGGGGGGGUAAAUAAACAAAAACAAAAACCAGGCAUUAAAUCCCCCCCCUUCCUUCUUACCUUUAGCCUGGGAGGGGGGGGCCGGCACACUGGUGACUGGGAGGCGGGGUGGCGGUGUUCCCUGGUGGUCCUUAUGGGUGAGUGAACUCUAGCCUGUGGGGCUAGAGUUCACUCUCGCGAGAUCCGGUCGUUGCCAUGGCAACGCACCAGAUCUCGCGAGAGGAACCCGGCGGAGCUGCAAGUUAGAGCUCCGCCGGGUCCUCCUCUCCUGGCUGUCUCCCUCCCUCUCUCCCCGCUGGCAGCUGCAUUUGGGCCGGUGAGGGAGAUCUUUGAUCUCCCCACCGGCCCGUCAUGGCAAACAGCGGGGCCGGCGCUCGGAUAGCGCCGGCCCUGCAUAGACUGGCAGGGGAGAUCCUGGGACCUCCCCUGCCGGCCUCAGCCCAUGGCCACCGCGGACCACCGGGCAUUUGCCCGGUGUGCCCGAUGGCCAAACCGGGCCUGGUCCUAUGUAUAGUCUUGUUUGUAAAUAGAUUUCUAGACAAUGGUUUGUAUUGACUCAGAUACAUUUGUGUAAUGUUAUCAUAUCCCAUCUUAGGCGACGUUUUUCUAAACUAAAAAGGUUUAGAUCUGUUCGCCUUUCUUUAUGGCUAAAAUGUUCCAUUCCUUUUAUUCAUUUUGUCGUCUGUCUCUGCACUUUUUCUAGUACCAUAAUAUCCUUUUUUAGAACAGGUGCCCAAAAUUGCACCUGAGAAUGAAUGCCCCUUUUUAUACAUGCCAAUACCUUACUGGCAUUUGCCACUGCUGAUUGACAUUGCACAUUGUUGCAUAGUUUGUUGUCUAUAACAAUUCCCAAAUCCUUCUUGUGUGCUGUUAUCCCCAAUUCACUACCAUUUUGUGCAACUUAUGCAUUUUUAUUCAUUAAAUUCAAUUUGCCAUUUAAUUGCCCAGUACCCCAGUCCAUUUAAAACCCUCUGCAGUAAAGUAAUAUCAUGCUCACAUUGUAUUACUUUACAGAGUUUUGUGUCAUCUGCAAACACUGAAAUAUGACUUUCAAUGCUUAUUUCAAGAUCAUUUAUAAAUAUGUUAAAUUUUGUCCAGCUUGCAAGUUUAACAUUAAUGACAACUCUCUAUACUCUAUUUUUUAAGCAAACGUUUGACCCAGGAGCAAGAAUUUCCAUCUAGACCAAUUUCUUUGAGUUUGAACACUAAUCUAUUGUGUGGAACCGUAUCAAACACGUUGGCAAAAUCCAAGUAGAUCACAUCCACUGCAGCAUCCUGAUCUUUACUUCUACUUACUUCUUCGUAGAAUGUAAUUAAGUUAGUUUGACAUGACCUAUGUUUUAUAAAACCGUGCAGAUUUUUGCUGAUAACCACGUUCUUCUCAAUUAAUUCCUAAAUAAUAUUAUCCCUUCGUAACCAUUCAAAUACUAUCCCAGUCACAGAAAUUAAGCUCACAGGUCUAUCAUUUCCAGGCAAGGAUUUUGAAUAUAGGAACCACAUCUGCCUUCCUCCAAUCCUCCGGUACAAUUCCUGAAAGAAAAGAAUCUUGAAAGAUUAAAAAGAGGUUCACUUAUUUUCACACUUAGUUCCUUAAGUACUCAUGGGUGAAUAUCAUCAGGCCCUGGAGCUUUGUUUAUAUUAACUUUCUUUAGUUGCUGCAGCAGCUUGUCUUGAGACAUUCAGUCACAAUUUUUCUGCAAGUUUUUUUUUUGCAGCAAUCAUUUGCAUAUCUUUCUUAAUAUAUGCUUAUGAGAAAUAGUUAUUUAAAAUUUCUGCCUUUUCCUGGUCUUCAUUAAUGAACACCCUCAUCUUGGUUUUCAGUGUACCUACACUUUCAUUUUUUAAUUUUUUUUUUAGAAUGUAUGUACUUAAAAAUGCUCUGGGGUUGUUUUAGCUCUCUUUGGUUAUCACUUCCUCAUUCUGUUGUUUAUUCUAAUCUCUUUUUUGCACUCAUUAUUGGGUUCCUUAACUUUUAUAGGAUGCUUCUCAUUUGUCUGAUUUAAAUGCCCUCUUAUUUUUAAUUGCCUUAUUCACUUUCCAACUAAGUCAUAUUGGUUAAAAUGUGUUUCUUUUAUAUUUAUUACCCAAUGGUACAUACUGUGAAAUGGUACCUUUCUACUAUUUGUUUGUCGUUAUUUCAUGUAUCCUCAGUGUUUCUUUUCACUAAAACGUUUACUCCAGUCAAUGUAUUGUAAAGCUGCCCUUAUCUUAUUGAAAGUAGCCCGGUUAUGGGAUAUUAGGAACACUGCACUAAAGCAUCACAAUGCACUACAACUCUCAUCUUCCUAGUUAAUUAAAAAAUAGAUCUUAUCUUUUUCGGAAUGAAACAUUUCCUUUAUUUCUAUCUCUGUCUCAUGUCUGCAAAAACCAAUAAGACUGUAUAUAUAAAGCUAUGUUAAUUUACUUGGUACACUCUCAUGAAUGAAUACAACUCAAUGGCCUUUUGUCAGAAAAAAAGCCAAAAUAUUUCACUAGGUUGUUUAUGGACAAACAUAAUUAUAGGUCAGUUUUUAGAUUAGUGAUAAUUCCAUUAUUCAUUUUCUCUAGAAUAUCACCAGUGGAUACCUGAUCCACCUGGAUUGGUUCUGAUUAAUCCAAAUACAUACAACAGCUAAACAGGCAAUUAUUUCCUGUUUUUUUUCUGACUUCAAUGAUGUUGCACUUUACUUAUGUAUAGCUAUUAGAAUAUGUCACCAUUUCAUAAUGAUUAUGGUUCGAUACUGCAGUUGUUUUGUCGAAUGGAACCACGUCUGAGCUUGUUUAAGCAGGACCCUCACAACAUCCCGAUAAUAAUUUAGUGCUCAAAGAUUGGCACAGUCAUUUGCUUUUUUUAAAUCCACGUCUAAAUGUACAAACAAUUUGUUUUUAAAAUUGGAAUGUUCUUUAGUAGGUGUAGAAUAUUCUUUUAAAAUAAAAUAGUCUGUUCUACUAACGUUUUAAUCCAGCAUCGGGCAGACAUUCCUCUUCUGAGAUCAUCUUAGAGAAGCAUUGGGGACAUACUGGGCAUGUGUGGUAAUCGCCAUGCUCUGCCAAUUAGAGGCAUCGCAUAGAGAAUCUAUUGCUUUUCUAUGAGAAGCAUACCCAGUGCUUGGCGGCAUCAAACUGUAUGUGAUGUCCCCAAAGGUAAACAUUUUCAAUAAGUCAAAGUUUCCCUUAAUAUUCAGCUUUUUAAGAAAUCUCUUUUCCCAGGCUUUGUGUAACAGUAACGUUAUCGUACUGAACUGACUUGUAACACUUGUACGUCAGUGGAACAUAUUGGUGUUUUAAAAAUAAACAUUAUCAUUAUCAUUUCUAAUUGAAAUACUGUGUGUUCUUUCACGAACAUUAAGAGUCAAACGGACAGUCAGAUGUAAUUUUCACCAUAUUCACAUAAGCUUGCUUUGAUGGCCAUUUUUUCUGGGUGCUAUAGUGUUGCUUUCCGAAACCAGAAAAUGCCAUAUACGAUCUCCAUUUCUUUUAAAAAUAAAGCUACCCACAUGUGUUAUAAACUAAAUCUAGCCUCCACAGAGAUUGAUUAGGCUUUGAUUUAAUAUUGCCGGAUAAGCAUUUCAAAUUAUUUAAUAUUAUGUUUGUAUUUUUUUUCCAUAUAUUUAUAUAUUUUUUUUUUUAUAUUUUAUUAUUUUGAAAAAAAAUAUUGAAACGCUUAACUGACAGUAUUAGAACUAGGCCUUAGACUUUACUAUGGCUUCUCGUCCAUUUUGUGAGCUUGCAGUGCCGAAGGAAGAACGAUGUGUACUUGGAUAACGCAUGCAUGUGUAACACUGGCCAGAACCGAUGUUUGUUUUUCUGUUUUAUUUUUUUUGCCAGUGUACCUUGAACAAGGAACAAUAGGCAACGUCAAUUGUAAAUAUAAUAUUAAUUUAUCAAUAUGUUUGGCUUUAUUUAUAAUUUCACUUUUUAAUAUUCAUUAGAUCUGGUAGUACCGAUAGUAUAUUUGGUCCGGUGAAAAAUCCAUGGAGUUAUUCUAAGGCAUACAGAGAAAAACGAGCAGUAAAUCACCAUGAUGCCAAAAAGGAGUCUGAUUGGCUGAUCACAGGUGGCAGUUCUGGAGGAAGUGCUGCUGCUGUGUCUGCGGGAACCUGUUAUGUGUAAGUAUUAAGUUUAAAACUCCAUUUUAGAUUCCAUCUAAUUAUAUUAGAUAUCUAGCUAAAUAAAGAUUUUGCAGGCAAUUAAGAUCACCCCAGCACCCUGACUUCUAUCUGCAUCAAUUCCAAAAUAUCUUCAAUAGAUUCUAUACGCAAUUAAGGUACCCUUCAAUCAAGACUGAAAAUCUGUGGUGUUUGGUGCAUUUUUACACUAAUUAUCCUACAACUCUUAGUAUAUCUCUUGUGCCUAUGUCAUGCAUUUGUAUAUGUAUUUAUUCAUUUUGUGUGAGAUCGUUUGUUUGCCAAAAUGUUUUCACUCUACCAGCAAAUUCUUCACAAUCACUUAGUCCCGCUCCUCCUCUACCCACCGCUAGGCUACCUCCUUACAACAAAGCCUGUGGCUUGAUUCCAGUCACUUCUUUCAUUUUCUUCCAUCUACAGAUCGGCCCAGCACACUGACUUUUUUCUGAACCUAGAUAUAUUGUUUUAUUAUAACUACACACCCUUGUCCAAAAUUUUUUUACUACAUCAUCCAUCAGCUGUGUCUGUUAAUUAUUUAAUUCCUUCCAAAAUGCACUGUGUUUUAAUAUAUCCCCUGGUGUCUGGCUAUUACUACAAACAUCCCUUGCAUUACCUUUGUGUCAACUCCCGAUCGUUACCUUUAGAUGGUAAAAUCACAAGUUAUCUUGCUAAGCACUUUUAUAAAAGUACUGUAUUUGAUAGAUCGUAAGCUCAUGGGCGGGGUCCUCUGUUUCUUUUCUUUUUUUUUUUAUCAGUAUGUGUUUAUUUGUCAUCUGUAUUUCCUCUUUUAUGGUACUGCAAAUUUUUUUGGGGUGCUGUAUGAAUACUUAAUAAUUAUAAUAAAACACUAUGAGGCAGCAAUUAAGUUAUUUGUUAAAGGGACUCUGUAUUUUCUUUGACCCUAUGGUAUAAUGGGGUGGGAUCAACUUGGAUUUUUGAUUCCACCUCAUUAUACUAAUUAAGAUGCAACCCACCAUGUGAUCUCGCUUUGCAGUUCUCUGACAUUUCCUCAUUUUGGGGAUGUAUGUGAAAGGGACUCUUAUACUGCCAAUAUCCCCACCACUAGAACAUCAGGCCAGUGAGACAGUUGAUCACCAAUUGUCAACGUGGUUUCCUGCCUCCUAGGGAGACCGAAGCCUAGAUUCUGCCUCAGAUUCUUCAAAAGAUUCUCUUGUCCUAUUAACUUGCAAGUGACAAAUUACAAAAUUGGCAAUCACUGCAACAACAAUUAAUUGCAACAACUAAAAAAUAUAUUGUUUCCCUAUAGGAAGGGUGAACAUACCCCUUAUCUCCACCUCUAUUUAACUUAAAGGAUCACUGUAGGAUCAGGAACACAAACAUGUAUUCCUGAUCCUUUAGUGUUAAAACCACCAUUUAGGUGGCUUGCCCCCUCAAUCCCCCCCUCACCUUAGUCCCCCUAUAAAAGUUUAGAACUCACCUUAUUUUCAGUGCCGCACGGGCCUGCUGGCACUACCUCCGUCCCCUUUGUGACAUCAUCAAAAUGGCCGCUUUUUAGCCAAUCCGAUUGGCUAAAAUCGGCAUGGGGGCGGUGUGAAUUGUGAAAGCAUAAUGUGCAUUUAUUAAUUUUUUUUUCUUUUUUUUUUACAGCUGUGCAACAGCAUACAUUCAGAAUUUCAGUCCCAUUACCAAACUUUUCUUAAUAUGUCAAGGUAGUUGGACUGAAAUGUUGGUUAUAUUCAAAUACAUAUCUCCUUAAAAUAAAUUUGCUCUUUUGUUUACUUUGAAGCCAUAUCAACGUGAGGACGUACUGUGUCAGUUAGGCAACUUUUUUAUACUGUACUUUUCAAAAUAAACCUACAUUUCUAUGAAAAUUGAAGUUUUAGGUUUUUUUUGAAGCCCACAUAAAUCUAAACCUUGUUUAUUUGGCAGGUGUUAGCCUUUGAGUUGGACAUGCUUAGUAUGAAGUAUCCUUAUUGUUUAAAUUCAGUUCCUCCAAUUAUGCUUAAAAUUAAAUAAAGGGGGUGGGGGAGAUUUCAAGGGACACUAUAGGCACCCAGACCACUUAAUCUUAUUGAUGAGGUCUGAAUGCAAUGACCCAGUCAUUUUAUACCUGCAGCUAAAACUUCAAUGUUUACAUUGUAGGAUUAAGCCUGCCUCUGUGAAAGAACACUGGACGUCCUCACGCUCAGCUUGAGGACGUCCAACGUCUUCUAAAUCCCCAUGUAUUUUAUGCUUUUCUAUGGGGCAGGGCUAAUGCAUGUGCGGCACUUGCACUCAAAACAUUUGUCUCUAGGUUAGGAAUAUCUAAGCCUGUAAAUGCACAGUAUGUUUGCAUGAAAUCAUUUAGUGGAUUUCAAAUGCUUGUACACAAGAGAUGCUUUUCUUUAAAUAACUCACAUUUUUGCAUUAAGGUCUGUUUAUGGAAAUAUAGGAAAAUUCAUGUGUCAAGCAGAACAUUCACGAUGAGAUUUCAGACAUGCUACUGGAAAGAUUGUUUGCGUAUGUUUACAUAAUUCUGUGUAUCCUAAGAGAUGUCUAAAUAUGUUUUGUUUUACGCCUUAAUUAUUGAGGUAAAUAGAAUCCGAUGAGGACUGUUGUUUGUAAUAUUUAUAUUCUAGUCAUUUGUAAUAUAAUUAAUUUAUAUAAAAGGAACACAAUCAUUGCAUUCCUAAUGCUACAGUGUCCCUCUCCCUAGUCAUAUACAGGUUCCCCUCCUUUUUCCAUAAAAAUUAAUAAAAUUAAGGCUAUACAUUUUUCCAGCGGUAGUACUACAUUGGUACUGCUCACCUCUCUGCCUCACAAUGUCAUCGAGGAAGCAAAGCCUCCUCUCCAGUGAUGGCGCAGUCAUAGAGGAGCAUUGGGGACCUGAUGUGUAUGGGUGGCGAAUCAUGUGUGCGCAUCCAAUGCUUCUCAUAAGAAAAGUAUUGAUCCAUUCCUUUCCCAUGAGCUGUUGCAUCAUAUGACCAAGUUUUACUCUGUCAGUACAGCGGAAUCACCUCUACUGACUGUCAGAAAGAGGUGUCUUACAUAGCUGAAAAGAGACUUGUGUCCAUCAAGUUCAGCCUUCCUCCCAUAUAUUUUUGCUGUUGAUCCAAAAGAAGGCAAAAAACCUAGUCUGAAGUGCUUCCAAUUUUGCAACAAACUAGGAAAAAUUCCUUCUUGACCCCAAAAUAGCAGUCAGAUAUCUCCAUGGAUCAAGUAGCUAUUACCCCACUAAUUGAAAUUUUAUCCCUGUAUGUAAUAUUUUUGGAAGUAUUUAUCCAAUUGCUGUUUAAACAUAUGUAUGGACUCUGCUAAAACCACCUCUUCGGGCAGAGAAUUCCAUAUCCUUAUUGCUCUUACUGUAAAAAAAACCAACCAUUUUCUUUGCCUUAGAUUAAAUCUCCUUUCUUCCAGCCUUAAUGCGUGACCUUGUGUCCUAUGUAAAGCCCUGUUUAUGAAUAGAUUUCCAGAUAAUGGUUUAUACUGGCCCUGAAUAUAUUUGUAUAUUUGUUAUCAUAUCCCUUCUGAGGCGCAGUUUUUCCAAACUAAAGAGAUUUAAAUUGUUUAACCUUUCUUCAUAACUAAAAUGCUCCAUUCCUUUUAUCUGUUUUGUAGCUCGUCUUGGCACUUAUUCUAGUGCUGUGAUAUCCUUCUCUAGGACUGGUGCCCAAAAUUGCACAGCGUAUUCAAGGUGUGGUCUUACCAGCGAUUUAGAAAGAGGCAAAAUUAUAUUUUCAUCCCAAGAAUUUAUGCCCCUAUUUAUACUUUGUACUUUUAUGAUCUAUACUUUUACUUACUUCUUUGUAGAAUGCAAUUAUGUUAGUUUGGCAUGACCUAUGUUUCAUAAAACCAUUCUGAUUAUUGCUAAUAACAAAGUUCUUCCCAAUGAAUUCCUGAAUAUUAUCCCUUAAUAGCCCUUAUUUAACUUAUUAUUUAUAAUAAAUUAAGCUCACAGGUCUAUAAUUUCCAGGCAAGGAUUUUGAACCCUUUUUAAAUAUAGGAACGACAUCUGCCUUCCUCCAAUCCUGCGGUACAAUACCUGAAACAAAAGAAUCUUGAUAUAUUAAAUACAGAGCUUCACUUAUUUCCCCACCUAGCUCCUCAAGUACUCGUGGGUGAAUACCGUCAGGCCCCAGAGCUUUAUUUACAUUAAUUUUCUUUAACUGCUGUAGCACCUUGUCUCAAGUCAUCCAACCACAAGUUAUCUGCAAGUUUUUUGCAGCAAUCCUUUGCAUAUCUCUUGCCAUAGGAUCCUCAUUAAAAUAUACUAAAGAAAAAUAGUUAUUUAAAAUGUCUGCCUUUUCCUGGUUUUCAUUAACUAACAGACCCAUCUAUGUUUCCAGUGUACCUUCACUUUCAUUUUUUGGGUUAGUUUUGGAUUCUUUGGCCAUCAAUUUCUCAUUUUCUAGUUUAGCCGCUUUAAUUACCUUUUUGCAAGCAUUAUUGGAUUUCCUUAUAUCUUAUAUAGGAUGCCUUUGAUUUGUCUGAUUUUUAAAUGCUUUAACCCCUUAACAACCGGAAAAAUACCUUUAAAGAUCGAUGACGGUCCUGAACUGUCGUAACAGUAAUAUUUACUUACCCGAUCGCCGCUGUUCCCCGCCUGGUGAUCGGCAUCACUCCUGGUCUGGGGGGAGGCCUGACAGCCCAGGCAGUCCCCCUCUGUGAAUUAGGACCCCACGGCUAUGUGAUCGCUCUAACAGAGCGGUCACAUGGCCGCAAUAGGUGCCUGUGUAUCUGCCUGCAAUAAUAAUUGUGUGUGUGUGUAUGUAUGUGUGUGUGUGUGUGUGUAUGUGUGUGUAUAUGUAUGUAUAUAUAUAUAUAUAUAUAUAUAUAUAUAUAUAUUAUUAUAAAAUACAAAUAAUAAGUAAAAAUAAAUUUAAAAAUUAUUUUAGAAAAAUAACAUUAAUAUAUUUAUAUCAAAAUACACUUAGAAUGAAAUUAUAUAUAUAUAUCUAUGUAUAUAUAGAUAAAUAAAAAUAAUACAAAAUUACAUAACUAAUUUCAUAAAUAUACAUGUAGACUUCAAAUAUAUAAAUAUGUAUAUAUAUUUAAAUUCUUCGUUCAUGUUUAUGUAAUAUUUUUACAUAAUUAAGUAAUUUUAUUGAUUGCAAUUUGAGGGAACUGCCUGACAACCCAGCACUUUAUUUAACCUGUAACUUUCUAUGACACCCUUAAACCUAUACAUUGGCGGUACUGUUUUACUCGUAAGACUUUGCUGAACACAAAUAUUAGUGUUUAAAAACAGUAAAACAUAUCACAGUGAUUAUAUUGUCAGAGAAAGUGACUUAUUUAGCAUUUUUCACAAACAGCACUUUCACUGGUGAUCUAAUUGUUGUGAUACGUUUUCCUGUUUUGAAACAGUAAUAUUUGUGUUCAGCGAAGUCUCCAGAGUAUAACAGUACCCCGAUGUACAGGUUUUAUAGUGUUUUUGAAAGUUAAAGGGUCAAAUAUAAGGGUCACAUUUUUUCACAUUGAAAAUUGCCAGGUUAGUUAUGUUGCCUUUGAAAGCGUAUGGUAGCACAGGAAUAAGAAUUACCCCCAUGAUGGCAUACCAUUUGACAAAAGAAGACAACCCAAUGUAUUGCAAAUGGGGUAUGUUCAGCCUUUUUUUUAGUAGCCACUUGUUUUUUUGCAUUUUUAACACACAAACAAAUAAAUAUAAAUGCUAACUUUGGCCAGUGUGUGUGACUAAGUGGCUACUAACAAAGACUGGACAUACCCCAUAGUGAAUACCCCGGGUUGCCUAUUUUAAAAAAAUAUAUAUAUAUGUGAGGUGUGAUUCAGAGGUUUAUAACAGAUAAAAGUGUUACAAUGUCACUGUUGAUCAAUUUACAAAAUAUAUAUUUUGAAACUGCAAUAUCCUACUUGUAUUUAUAGCCCUAUAACUUGCAAAAUAAAAGGCAUGUAAAUACUGAGUGUUUUUAAACUCAGGACAAAAUUUAUAAUCUGUUUAGCAGUUCUUUUCAUUAGCUUUCGUAGGUAAGUAAAAGAUUUUUCAAGUAAAAGUCAAAAGUCAUGUUUUUUUCACCAUAUAUGAUGCAAAUAAUGGUAUGUAAAGAAAGCCCUUCUUGUCCUGAAAAAACAAUAUAUAAUUUGUAUGGGAACAGUAAAUGAGAGAGAUGAAAAUUACAGCUAAACACAAACACCACAAAAGUGUUAAAACAGCUUUGGUCCUUAACGUACAACAUGGCCAAAACAGUACGGUCCUGAAGGGGUUAAAUGCCCUUUUCUUAUUUUUAAUCUCUUGUUUUACUUCUCUACUAAGCCACAUUGGCUUCAAUUUGUUUCUUUCAUGUUUAUUAUUCAGUGGUACAUACUGUAAACAUUGCAUUUUCUCUGUUUAAAAUUAUUUUUAUUUUUUUUAUUAUAAUUUUUAUUUGGUUUUACAUGAGUCGUGAUUGUGGGUUAGAGGAUCCUUCAUUCUCCUUGGCUAAUCCCCAUAGGAUGUGGCGUAUGUCGAAAUGACUUCCAUGGCCCCCAUAUUGUUUUGUAUUUAUGUGUGUUAUUUUAUGAUGCCCAAAGUAACUCAUCCAUCACCAUCACCUUUUCCACUCUAAGCACCUGUCUAGAAGGGCUUUUAACCAACUUCCAAUUGGCCGCUACUUCUGUCUUGGCGGUCGUGAGUAAGAAGUAUUGUAGUGAGUUUUUAUUUUUGCGAAGUUGUGUGGUGGCGGUGUUAUUAGGUGAGUGGAACUUCGUUGGAAUAUUUAUUUAGAGUGAUAUCCCUGUGACUUCUUUGAUAGUGUCUCUUACUUCUGACCAAAAUGUUCGUACAGUGUUCCAUUCCCACCACUGAUGUAUGAGUGUGUCUAAUUCUCCAUGGCAUCUCCAGCAGUGACGCGAUAGGGAUCUAUUCAUUGUGAAGGCCCUGUGGGGUAACGUACAAUCUGGUGAGUAGUUUUAGAUUAGCUUCUUGCAAUUGAACAUUUAUAUUCGAGUGGAAUGUUCUCUGGAAUAUCGUUUUCCAGGAUUGAUCCAAUAUGGGUUCUGGGAGUCGUGCGUUCCAUAGGAUCGCGUAACGUGGGAGUUCGGAUUGUUUCUAUGUUUGGAUCAAGUUAUAGCACUUGAGCAUAGUUUUGGUUGGUCUUUUAGAUUGUAUGCAUAGCUGUUCAAACAUGCUGUCUGGUCUGAUGUCAUUGCCUGUUAGGGGAGAGACUUCAGGAAGUGGUAUGGUAUUAAAAUGUUUUGUAUUGCAUGGUUAAAAGAACAGGGACACUGCACCCAGCCCACGUCAUUAAGAUGAAGUGCUCUGUGUGACUUUAGUGUUCCUUUAAGUUUAUAUGAAGUCGUUAAAGGAGCAAGUAUGUCAACUAUUGGUAGAACUGUUCUGUGGAUGGUAUAUGGAAAAUGUUGCCUGCUGAAAUUCUUGCAGCCAUAUUUGCAUAAACAUUAAUAGGUGCUGGACAUGUUCCAUGUUUCUUAUAUUCAUUCUUCUUGUCUGGAGUAACUAAUGGGCACUGGAUUAUGAUGUUAUAUCCUGUUGCCCUAAGACACUGAGAGUACAGACCUGGGAAGCUGAGUUUUGUACGUUAUCAGUACAUUAACUGUGAACUGCUAGAUUACUGCUGCCCCCCUGCAUUCACAAUUGUUAUGUUGUUUGCUGUCAAGGGGCAGACAAGUUAAAACAAAAUUUUUAGUGGAUUCAAAAAUCAAAAUGUCAUUUUGAUCUCUGUCAAUUAUGUCUAAGCUACCCAACACUAACAUUUAACAUGGAAUUGUUCUAUUAGCCAGAAAGAUAGUAUGGCAUAGCACAACAUAUCUGUUCAAACUCUGUUCGUAUUGUCCAUGGAUCUGCCUCUUUUGCCAAGUGCAUGGUCCAUUGACCUGCCUCUUUUGCUUUUUCUCCCUACUUUCUGUGCAGUGUUUUUUUGUUUUUUGUUUUUUUACUGGUUUUGUUUCUUACUGCAGCAAGAAGUCUUGCAUUGAAGAGAAAUAUAAAAUAUAAUAUAAUAAUAUAAUACAAUUAUGUAAAAGAUCUGAAUGGCAAAAAUGUUAGUAAAAGAUCUGAAUGGCAAAAAUGUUAGAUAUGGUGUCAGUUGUGCAAUUAGGCUGAAAUAAAAACAUUCCACUCAAAAGUUUCUAAAAGAGCGUUUUUACUGAUAUGGGAUUGUAAAACAAUGAGGAAUUAAUGUGCCGCUAUAAUAUUCACUCCUUCUCCUUUGCAUGUUGAUUUGCCUUCAUAAAAAUAAAUAUGCACAAGGCUAACUUUUUUUUUUUUAACAUUGUAUCACCUAGAGCUCUGGGAUCAGACACUGGUGGUUCUACCCGAAACCCAGCUAGUCACUGCGGAGUUGUAGGCUUGAAACCUACAUACGGGCUCGUUUCUCGCCAUGGUCUUAUUCCGUUGGUAAACUCUAUGGAUGUACCUGGGAUUCUCAGCAGAUGUGUGGAUGAUGCAGCAACUGUACUUGGUAUGUUGUUUGCCAUAUAUGAUUAUUAAACGCAUGUGGCAUUUAUUUAUCAUGGCCGAACUAAUGUCAUAUUUUCAGGUGUGCUUGCUGGGCAUGACCCACAGGAUUCCACAACCAUCCAAGAUCCUUUUGAGACUUUCAAAUUGCCUGAGAAAAUCAGUAUGAAAAAACUUUGCAUAGGAAUUCCAAAGGUAAAUCACAAGUGUGUGACAUCACAAUUGAAUCUCACCUACACUCUCUUUUUUUUAUGUAGACAUGUCUGUAAAUAAAGUAGGUGGCAUUUUUGUCUGAUUUUAAGGAAGAAAACAAAAUGUGCAUUAUAGGAGUAGUGUCAUUGGAAAUAGUAAAGGGACACUAUAAGCACCAAAGCAACCUUGGCUCUAUUGAGCAUUUUGGUGUAUAGUUAAUGCCACUGCAGUCUCACUGCUAAAUUUUCUAUCACUUAGGAGUUUGAUCACUUUGUUUAUGUAGCCAUAGUCACACCUGUCCUGCAUGUGACCUACACAGUCUUCCUACACAUUUCCUGUAAAGAGAGAUCUAAUGUUUAAACCUCCUUCAUUGCAUAGACUAUAUUGACUCCUGCUUUGUUAAUGGUUUGAUAGUGCUGCUUUAAUCUCCUGUUUGUGAUUUAAGUCCAAUUAGCAGAGCAGAAGAUAAAAACUUCUAACGUAAACACACUUUUCUGUCGCAUCGGUUUGCAAAUGAAACCAUUUUUUUUCAUGUUGGGUGUGUGUGUGGCUAGGACUGCAUAAACAGAAACAAAAGUGAUUUAACUCCUAAAUGCUGGAGAAUUGAGCAGUGAGACCGCACGGGCAUGAUCGGAGCAUGAUUGUAAUCUGUGCUCAGGUUUCCUUGUGUAGUUUACUUCUUUAGACUGAACAUUAAUUUACGUUUUUCAUUAAAGGAAUACCAUGCACCUGGACUGUCUACAGAAAUUGUGACACUUUGGUCGAAGGCUGCUGACAUGUUUGAAAAUGCGGGAGCUAAAGUUGUAGAGGUUUCCCUGCCGCAUACACCUUACUCCAUUGUAUGCUACCAUGUUUUAUGCACAUCUGAAGUAGCAUCAAACAUGGCUCGGUUUGAUGGCCUAGAAUAUGGUAAGCAGUUGUUGUUUUAAUGUAAGUCCCUCGUAAUGCAUUUAAGAUGCCAAAUGGAACAACCUAAGGUAGCAUGGAUUACUCUGCCUAAAAUAAGGGGAAUACUUGCACCUCCAAUGUGUCAUACCACAAACGCUGUAAUACAAUUGCAAUUUAAGCAAUUGCUGAACGUAGAAAAUGAGAAAUGAAGUGUCACAUUGAAUAGACGAAGGUUAUAUACCUCUUCAACUAUAUUUCUUUUUGUAUCGUUGAGAGGUAAGAGGAAGUUUAGAAAAAAGGAAAUGUAUAGCUAUACAUCAGUAUCUGUCAUAACAUUUGCGUAAAACCCUCUGGAAAUACUUUAUAACAGACUUGGCAAAGCAUCGUCUGUGAAUGUGCUUGAGGAAUACACGAGGCUUGGUAUUUUCUUUAUUGUAUUCUAUGUCACAAGUCAUAAACUUUCUUUUAUUCUGAGUUACGUGUUUACUAGUUUACAUGAAUUCCGCACGGGAACCAGCCGGUGAACAUUUGUCAUGCAAUAAGUGAAUGGUGGGAGUUAUUGACAUGUGUUUUUUAUACUGUUGCUGUAUAUUUCAUUACAAUUGAACAAAUUAAUUUCAUUACAGAAAUAGUAUAAUGAUGAUUCGGGGCAAAUUAUACUAAACACAUGCUAGUCCCCAUUAAAAUAAAUACAAAUACCCGACCGGAUGAGUGCUUAGUAACUUCCAAUCAUGCAUACCCUGCUCUCUAUCUAUGACCCGGAAUAUUAUCCCCUCCACUAGGGAAGCUGGGUAUGGAAAUACUAGAGAAUGGAAGAGUGUGGGCCCUGAUGAAUGGGUGAAGCCGGGGAGGCUUUAUUUUUAUUUUGAUGUUUAAUUUAUAUCCUUAUUUGCCCUUUACUUUCUUUUGUUUUUUUUUUGUCUAUGGCAAAUUUACUGUAAUUUUUUUUAAUGACUGUUUGCAACACAAAAAUGUCUUAUUUGUAGGAAAAUAAAGAAUAAAAAAAAAAAAUACAAAUUUAACAAUUCAUAAGAUGUACUCCCAAAUAAUAAGGUAUAUGAAAUCGCACUCCUACCAGCCAAGCAGAGGCUUCCCGUUGACCUGUAUUAUAGCUUAUUUAUUAAAUCUGGUGGAAAAUAAAUAUUGAAGAUUACAUCUCUGAAAAAUACAGUAAUAUUGUGUUUUUAAGUAACAUUUCGCAAACUUAAAGGGACACUAUAGUCACCAGAACAACUACUGCUUAUGGUGAGUAUAUUGGUGAGUAUAAUCAUUAUAUGCAGGCAUUUUCAUGCAAACCCUACCUUUUCAGGGAAAAGGCAGUGUUUACAUUGCCCCCUAGGAACACCUUCAAGUGGCCACUACUCAGAUGGCCACUGGAGGUGCUUCCUGGCUCAGUGCUGCACAGUAGCCAACAGUGCCAUUCAGCGUCUGCAUGCUCUGCAUGGAGACACUGAAUUUUCCUCAUAGAGAUGCAUUGAUUCAGUGCAUCUCUAUGAGGAAGUGCUGACUGGCCAAAGCAGUGUUUGGCCCUUGCCCUUGCCGAUUUUAGCCAAUCCAAUGCUUUCCCCAUAGGGAAAGCAUUGGAUUGGCUGAAAAUCUGCAAUUCUGAUGAUGUCAUCAAGGAGCCGGAUCAGGGGCGGGGCCAGCGCCAGUGGACCCACGCGGUGCUUGAAAUAAGGUGAGUUUUAUUAACUCUUGCGGGGUUUAGCACUAUAGGGUCAGGAAUACAUGUUUAUGUUUCUGACUCUAUAGUGUUCCUUUAAUAUCCAUUCAAUGUACCGGUACUUAUAAACUUUUUUUUUUAAGGAGUCUAUCAGGGCUAGUUUUAGAUUUCUGUGUAAAUCUGUUAAGUUAUAAGAUUUUAUGGUAGCCUAGCUUGCAGUCUAGUCUUUACUGUUGAAUAUUUGUUGCAUGUAAUAUAUAACAUUAUUCCUUAAGUAUAUAGUAAGUAUUAUUACUAAAUUAAUGUGUUGUAACUCACGUUUGUUUUUCAAAGAAGAAGCAUUUCAACAAUGGUGCUUAAAGUGCCCCUUUAACGAAGUGGCUUGUAUCUAGUUUACUUUAACAACCUUUUUAAUUAUUAUUAUUAUUAUUAUAACUUAUUGCUGUUUAUUACAUGAGCACAGUAUUUUUUAGGGUAAAUAUAUUGUCUGCUUUUCUCUAUGGCCCUAACACACAUUCUGUUUUUUUAUCUUUUUUUUGGAAGGGCAUCGUUCAGAUGUUGAUGACUCUACAGAAGCUAUGUAUGCAGCGACUAGGCGGGAAGGCUUCAAUGAAGUUGUUAGAGGAAGAAUAUUGUCUGGGAACUACUUUCUUCUCAAACAGUAAGAUG